AUGUUGGUGUCGCAUGCACGCACACCCGCUCCCUGGACCAUCGCGGUCGCGACUACGUAAACGUGCACGGCGAGAACGAGGCGCGCAUAUUAGCGAGUACUGUUUUGUUGUCUAUUAGCGUUAAAAGAGGCUCGCUCAUCACGACUCGGCUCGAAUCAGGUGGUAAUCAUGAGCAAAGUGCACGGGGGGAUGAAAUGCGUGAAAUAUCUGCUCAUCGUGUUCAACUUCAUCUUUUGGUUAUCCGGCUUGUUGGUUCUGGCUGUGGGACUUUGGCUGCGGUUUGAUCCAGAAACAGUGGAGCUGCUGACAGGCAACAAUGCCCCCGACACUUUCUUCAUCGCUGUGUACAUUCUCCUGGGUGCGGGCAGCUUAAUGAUGCUCGUUGGCUUCUUUGGUUGUUUCGGGGCCGUUCGGGAAUCUCAGUGCCUUCUCGCCUCGUUCUUUGCCUGCCUGUUGAUCAUUUUCGCCGCAGAGAUUGCAGCUGGUGUGUUUGGAUUCAUCAACAAGGAGCAGAUAGUCGAGGAGGUGCAAAAAUUCUACAGCAGCUCCAUCAGUGAUGCGUCCAAUCCCAACACAACUGCCAUUGCACUAAUUUACCACAAAACUCUCAACUGCUGUGGGGGCUCAACGUCGGCGGCGACAUCUGACCUGUGUGCUGAUGCCCCAGAAGACACUCAGGACUGUCUGAGCGCAAUCACAGAUUUCUUCAACAACAAGCUGCAUGUCAUCGGUUACAUCGGGAUUGGCAUCGGAGGAGUAAUGAUCCUAGGGAUGAUUUUCAGCAUGGUGCUGUGUUGUGCCAUCCGGAACAGCAGGGAGGUUAUAUAGUUGUCAAUCAUACGACCUGGUUGGACUCCUCCCUCCUCUCACCUCUGCAUAUAACACAUGCUCUCUGUUUGUGGCACGCUUCUGUGACAUUCCUGCUGUAAAUAUGGAUGCGUCUUCGCAUGUCCUACAUACUGUGUGCCUCGUUGUUUUGGAGGCCUAGCCUGCCUUUUUGUAAGCCUGACUUCAUGUAGAACAGGGGGAGGGAACUCCGGUUCCUCGAGAGCCAUGUCCUGCCUGUUUUAGAUCCCUCCCGAUACUCCAACAUACCUGAUUCAAUUGCUCGUGUUCAUUUCAGGUCUCUACAGAGCUUACUGAUGAGCUGAUCAUUUGAAUCAGAUGUGUUGAAGUCAAGAGGGAUCUAAAACAGGCAGGAUUUGGCUUUCGAGAAACCGGAGUUCCCUACCCCUGAUGUAGAAUCUACUGCAUACUGUACGUGCCUACUGGACAAGCCUUGUGCAAGUGACCGUUUUUAUUAAAGGUUUUUUAAAUGUGAUGAAGCACGGUAAAUUAGUGGGUUCCAUGUUUUGAGGUACCGGGUUCAAACCUCAACUUUGCAUGCGUCUGCCGUGCUUGCGCGGAUUAUCUCCCGACUAUUUGGCUUCCUCGCAAAUGACAAGAAGAUACAUGUUUUAUUUUUAAAUUGCCCAUCUGCGAGGAUGUGGGUGUGUCUUCAUACAUGAGCCCUGCGAUUGGCUGGCAACCAGUCCAGGCUGUAAGCCACCAGCUCUCUGUGACCCUCAUAAGUGUUGUGGAAAUUUAUUUGAACGUGUUUAUACUACUGCGACUCAUCACCAACCAAUCUUUGUACUUUUAAAGUAUAAUAGAGGUUUUAACCAUCUUUUUAAACAUUUAGUAAGUACUAUAAUUGUGAAUGCACUGUACAUUAUUUUGGGUGUGCCAAUAAAAACAGAAAAGUGUAUUUAGGUCAAAA